AUGAAGGCUUUACUCAGUUUUGCUCUGGUGCUGAUGUGCUCCGUUGCCUGGGGAGACGCAGCCUCCAUCAUCCCACCCAAGCAUCACCGCCGCCCAAAGCCCCUGGACAACUCUGUCACUUGGAAUAACCUCAUGGUGGUAGCCAAACAUGCCCAAGCAAAGGACAAGGACCAUGAGACCCGCCUGAUUCCCGUUAUCUCUGAGGAGAAAUUAAAGGAUAACGACACUUGCUGCAUGAACGCCAACAUUCUGGAUUAUUACCUGAGGAACGUGCUGACCACUGAGGGCGAGCAUCACAAGCGUCUUCCCGCUGUCAAGCAGGACCUACACAGAGUGAAGCGAGACUUGGAAAAUCACGCCAGCUGUGACCCCCAGAAAUACGACGAGAACGAGUACAACCAGAAAUUUAGAAAGAAUUACCGGGCGGCGGGAACUGAUGCGCCCAACAAGGCAAUAGGUGAGAUGGACAUCCUCUUCCACUAUCUCUUUGAGUCAUGCAACUGACUUGGCCAAGGCGAGAGAGCAGCGCAACGCUGAAAUAUUAUUUAGGCCUAUUUAAACUAGAGCAAAUGUUUAAUGUGUAUUUUAAAAUGUUAUUGUACGACUGUCUAUUUAUAAAUUUGAAAUGAAGAUAUUUAUUAUUUAUUACAGUAUUUAUUUUGUGAUAUGAUGAACUUAUUUAUUGAAAAACGUUUUUUUUUUCUCCUGGAAACUGGUUUGACGUUUGUCGUUAAUGUUGGCCGUUUAAGUUGAUUCAGAUGGAUCGCUCUGUAAAUGCAUUGUACGCAUUUUUUAUGAAGACAUUAGGCUGUGUUGGACUACGAAAACAAGUAGGCCUAAAUGCAAACAAUCAGACUGUACUGUUAUAUUUGAAG